AUGUUCUGGUCUAGGAUCCUUCGGCUGUACUUAGGCUAUGCUACAGUUCAAUGUAGGAGAUCAUCUGCGCGAUUUGGUGAUGUUGGUGGUGCUGGUGGUGAUGGUGUUGCUAAACACCAAAAGAACUUCUUCCAUAGCCGUGGAGGAGGUGGUGGAGGUGGUGCCGAACUCCGAAAGAACGCCUUCCGUAGCCGUGACGGAACUAUGAUGAGUAAAAGGAUGGCGGCUGAUUGUAAAUCGUUGCGUCAGAUGGAGACUGACGGCUUCGAAAUCGUCAGCGAAGUCAUCACGCACAAACUCAACCACAUCCCUGUUCUUAAGGGAGACUUCCAUUCGCUGCCACCAAAAGUUGCCCGAUUCAUCGCCGAAAAGGCCGAACUUAUGGGCCCAAAAGGAAUUUUUAUCUGCGAUGGUAGCCAGAAAGAAUUCCAAAGCAUUGUUGAUGAAAUGGUCAAGGAUGAUGUGCUUAAGCCCUUGAAGGCCUAUGAUCACAACUACCUAUGCCGUACUGAUCCUCAAGAUGUUGCUCGAGUGGAGUCCAAGACUUGGAUGAUCACGACCGAGAAAUAUCAAUCGAUCUGCCACACCCCAGAUGGUGUAAAACCAAUUAUGGGACAAUGGAUGAGCGAAGAACAAUUCGCCAAAGAACUUGAUGACAGAUUCCCUGGAUGCAUGAAUGGACGUAUCAUGUAUGUUAUUCCAUUCUCAAUGGGACCAGUUGGAGGACCCCUGUCGAAGAUCGGAAUCGAACUCACCGACUCACGCUAUGUGGUUCUUUGCAUGCAGAUCAUGACACGUAUGGGUACUGCGGUAAUUCAAGCACUUGGUGAUGGCGAUUUCGUUCGUGGUGUUCACUCCGUUGGAGCACCAUUCCCUCUACAAAGAGAGGUAAUUAACCACUGGCCUUGCAAUCCAGAAAAGACAAUGAUUGCACACCGACCGAAAGAGAGGGAGAUCUGGUCAUUCGGAUCUGGUUACGGUGGUAACUCACUUCUUGGAAAGAAGUGCUUCGCUCUUCGAAUUGCCAUGAACAUUGGACACGACGAGGGAUGGAUGGCUGAACACAUGCUGAUCAUGGGUAUCACCAGCCCACAAGGACAAGAGAGAUUUGUGGCCGCUGCUUUCCCAUCCGCUUGCGGAAAGACCAACCUUGCCAUGCUCCAGCCCACUGUUCCUGGAUGGAAAGUUCGUGUAAUAGGAGAUGAUAUCGCAUGGAUGAAAUUCGGAGCUGAUGGUCGCUUGUACGCUAUUAACCCCGAAUCUGGCUUCUUCGGAGUCGCGCCAGGAACCUCUAACAAGACAAACCCUAUGGCUAUGGCUUGCUUCCAGAAGAACUCGAUCUUCACAAAUGUUGCCGAAACCCAAGACGGAGAGUACUUCUGGGAAGGUCUUGAGAAGGAACUCCAAGAGACCAAAAAACUUACUGAUGAACAACUGAAGACUUACGAAAUCACCACCUGGCUCAACAAGAAAUGGCAUAUUGGUGAUGAAGGAAAGUCUGCUCACCCGAACUCACGUUUCACUGCCCCAGCCGGUCAAUGCCCUAUCAUCCAUCCAAAAUGGGAAGCUCCCGAAGGAGUACCUAUCGAUGCGAUUAUCUUCGGAGGUAGACGUCCAGAAGGAGUCCCACUUGUUUUCGAAAGCUUCUCAUGGGAACAUGGUAUCCUUGUUGGUGCGCUCGUAAAAUCUGAAGCCACUGCAGCAGCCGAAUUUACUGGCAGACAGGUUAUGCAUGAUCCUAUGGCUAUGCGUCCAUUCAUGGGCUACAACUUCGGACAAUACCUCCAGCACUGGCUUAACCUUGGUAAAGCCCCACAUAAGGUUCCCAAGAUCUUCCACGUCAACUGGUUCCGUCAGAAGGAUGGCAAAUUCUUGUGGCCUGGUUAUGGUGAUAACAUCCGUGUUCUUGACUGGAUCCUCAGAAGGGUUGAUGGCGCUACUGAUAUUGCUGAAGAAACUCCAAUUGGAUAUGUGCCAAAAGCCGGUAGCAUCAACCUUGAUGGCUUGCCAAAUGUUGACUGGAAUGAACUGAUGUCGCUGCCCAAGGAAUACUGGAAAGAGGACAUUGAAGAAAGCAAGAAAUUCUUCGAAGCGCAGGUUGGACCCGAUCUACCAAAGCCAGUUGCCGACCAACUGGAGGCUCAGGCAAAACGAAUCCAAGCUUUGUAAAAGCGCGAUGAAACCACCACCCUGUUUCUUUAUGUUGACCUCAACCCCCUCUUGUGUAGGAGAUACAGGCAAAGCCUUGAGUAAGGAGAGAUUUCUCAUGCUAGUUGUUGUGCUUGUUUAGCGUGUGUGUGAUCCUUGCUUAAUAAAUAUUCUAAUUUAUUUUAGUGGUAAACACA